UUUAUUGACUCUCAAUGGUUACAAAUUACAUAUUGUUAAUGAUAUAAUUUUAUUCUACGACUUCCAUACAACAUUGAUGCAUCGAUUUGGGAUUCAUAAAGUCCAACCAUAUUAAUACAUUGAUUUAUUACGCAUUUCAAUAUACUAUAUUAUAGUAUUUAAUUACUAAACGUAUAUCUAUAAAUUUAUAAAAAUAUAAUUAUUAAGUCUAAUCAUGGAAAUGGCGACAAACACAGAUAAUAAAACAAAUGUAGACGAAAGCAAUCAAGGCUGUACCACCAUCUCUUUCGAGACCCACGAAACUCAUCCGAAAACGUGCAAAGAAGGAUUCGACAACAAAAGAAAUUGGCUUUUUCCACGAUUGCUGAUAAGUAACAACAAACAAUUUGCACUAAAAUGUCUGUGCCAUGGAAUGGUCUUGGCUUAUAUAUUAGCUGCCAUCAACCAUUGGUAUUUAAGCGACGUAAAAGACGUCGGCUGGAAAAACGGAUUAGGUCUACUGAUCAUCGUGACCACGUGUUAUUACGGUAUACAGCCCGUCAGAUUCCUGUUCACGUUGAUACCUACUGUGAAGGUGUUACCUCACGCACACUUCAAAAUCGGAGUGCUGUGUACUUUCUUAGGGUCAUUCGUUUUAUUCAUUUUCUUCGACACAAAAAAUAAUAGACAUAGGCUAGUGCCAUUGGCUGGACUUAGCGUAUUUAUUCUCCUUGGAUUCAUAUUUUCCAAACACCGUAGACAUGUGAAUUGGAUCACAGUUGCGUCCGGAUUAGCCACUCAGAUAACUAUAGGAAUGUUGACAAUCAGAUGGCAAGUCGGCCGAUCUAUAGUCCAGGCAGUUGGAGAAUUGGCCGAUAAGUUUUUCUCCUUUGCGUACGUUGGUGCUAAGGUGACGUACGGAAAUGAACUAAUCGACAAUUAUGGUGUAUUCGCAUUUAAGGUGCUUUCAGUGUUAUUUUUUAUGUGUUUUAUAAUUGAAAUACUAUUUUACUAUGGAAUCAUACAGACGGUAGUUAUAAAAUUAGGAUGGUGCUUGCAAAAAUUACUAGGAACGACAGCAGCCGAAUCAGUUAAUACCUGUGCUAGCGUGUUUUUAGGCAUGUCAGAGGCGCCUAUUAUCAUCAAACCAUAUUUACCUGAUUUAACAGAAUCUGAAAUCCAUACCGUUAUGAUGGGAGGAUUUUCAACAGUAGCUGGCACUGUAUUUGCGGCAUAUACAUCAUUCGGUAUAGAUCCGGCUUACUUAAUUACAGCAUCAGUAAUGUCAGCUCCAACUGCGUUGAGUUUCUCUAAACUGAUUUUCCCAGAAACUGAAAAAUCAUUAAAUAGUAUAGAUCAAAUAUGUACUAAAAAGACUAACGACGAGGGUAACGUGAUGGACGCGGCUUGUAAAGGAGCCCAGUUUGGAUUGAAAAUAAUCGGAGCGAUUGUCGCCAACAUAGUGGCGUUCGUGUCGUUUGUUGCGUUCAUCAACGCAAUAAUAACGUGGUUGGGACAUUUGGUCGGAUUCGAAGAUCUAUCAUUCGAGUAUGUAUUGGGCAAGAUAUUGAUACCUGUCACGUGGCUGUUGGGCGUUGAUCCUAGCGAAUGUGAAGCUGUCGGCAAAUUGAUCGGCUUGAAAAUGACAAUUAACGAAUUUGUGGCGUACAAACAAAUGGGCGAUCUAAUUAAAGAAGGCAAGCUUAACCGCAAGUCGGAAAUCGUCGCCACUUUUGCUUUAUGCAGUUUCGCCAAUCCAGGAUCAAUUGGAUCGAUGAUUGCCACAUUGACGACUUUGUGCCCUACACAGCGAUCAUCGAUAACCAAAAAUGUAUUUAGGGCAUUUCUCGGUGGUACGGUCACUUGCUUUUUAACGGCCGCUAUUGCUAGUUUAUUAAUGCCCGACGAAGGAUUACAAAACUAAAAGCAAUAAAUUAUCUUUGUAAUUUUUGUAUAUGUAAUUUUUUAUAUAUAUAUAUAAAUGUAUGUGAUGUAUUAUUGCUAUCUACAUAAUAGCAAACUUACACAUACCCAUUUAUUGGUAUAAAUUAUACCAAUUAUAUUUUUAUAAGUAAUAUAAUAUAUUUUAUUAUUGUUUUGAACAUUCAUCGACGAAAUUCUCAUUUUCUUUUGUUAAUCAUGACUAUAUUUUUAUAUUGUUAAAUAUAGGUACAAGAUUAUACUUAAUUGAUAAUAUUAUGUAAAUAUUUAUAAACACAAUGUGAAUAAUAUUUUUUUAAUCAAAAACCAAAAUCGAUAGUAUAAGAUAACUAAAUAUUAUAAUAUGAAAACAAGUUUCACUCAUGUGUACUAUAUAUUAUAUUAUAUUUAAAAAAUUGUUCUAUUACGAAAUAUGUAUAAAGUUUAGGUACCUAAUGUAAAUAUGAUAAAAUAAAUAUACAUUGUUACAUCGCAAUAAUUACGAAGUGACUAUACUAUAUUAAAGUUACGAGUUUUCAGACGUUCAUAAAUAAACAUUAUAAACUAUCUAAAAAAAACAUUAUUUACUAUGGCGGCGUUGUAGUAGGUCUACAACCCCUAACGGCCUAUAAUUAUAGUAUCUAAUAUAGUAACUAGUAGAAAAAAAACUAAUACACAUAUUAUUUUGUAAAUGAUUACUAAUUAAAUCCACGUAUUAGUCCACUAUGGCAACAUCUAACCUCAUAUUCAUUUUGUUUUAUUUUUUUUAUAAUUUUAUAUAUUGUUAUUAUAUGUAAUUAUAAAUUAAAUAAAUAUUUUACUGGACUUAUUUAAUUACACAAUAUUUUAGAAAUCAUUCCGUUACCUUUAUGUAUUUUUACUAUGCUAAUAUUUCACUGUACAUUUUUGUUUCCUAAUGUAACAAUUUUUUAUGAUAAAAAUUUAUCAAUAACUUUCAUAAACAUUUUAUCAUAUUUUCUAUACUUACUAAAUAAUAAUAUGCUACUUUAAGGAAUAGUAUUAUUUCUAUUACUACCCUGUAGAGUGUAGAUAGUUGUAUUACUAUGUUUGUUAUAUGUAUAAUGUAUAUAUUAUACAUAUUACAUAUAUCAUGUUUCUAAAUAUAUAUUAUUAACUUACAUAAAUUUGUAUAUUCUGAGAAAUACACAAGGAGAACAAUUUUAUUAUCUUCUUGAGAGUAUUGAUCUUUUUAAAGUCUUUUAAUACUCGUGUUCUAGUUAAGGAAUACAAAUAUGAAAUUAUAUUUAAAAAAAAUAUUUUUACAGAUUGUCUUUAAGAGUAUUAGAAACUAAUUUUUUUUUUCUUAAGUAGUUUCAUCAAUAUGAAUGUAAUUAUAUGAAUGCACCUAUGUGAACUUUUUAAUUAGGUAUUUAAAAUAUAAUUUUUAGAUAAAAAUUAAAUAAAAAAAAAUUCUCAAAUCAUCGUUUGGUAAAACUCAAAUUAUUUUAUUUUUUUCUAAAAUUUUGAGACACAAUUGCAUUUUUAUCAUCAUCACCUUUUGAAAAUAAUGAUUUAAGUGUGUAUUUAAUGUUUUGACCACCACUUUUUUUCAAUAACUUAAGCAUUUCAGUGUAGAUAGGACAUCAGUGCUUAGCUUCUCCAUUCUUUAAUAAUCUUCAAACCAUAGCUUAUUGCUCAAUUUGAAAAUUUUAACUAUAAUUAAAACUGUAAUCUGCAAGUAACUUGUUAGGUAUAUGAUUCAUGAAAAAUUUUUAAAAUUAGUAAAUUAAGUAAAUUAUGAAUUUAUAAUUAUUAAUUAUUGUAGUUUUAUUUAAGUAUUUAACUCUAUUAUAAGUUAUUAUAAGUUGUAGUUUAAUUUAUAAGUGGCUAUGAUACUAAUCUUACGUUUAAUAAGCUAACCUUUAAGUUACCUUUUUUACUGUCACUAGUCCAACACUUAAUAUAUGAAAUAAUUUAAUUAUUAAAUAUAAAAAUUUACUUUAUGUGGUAAAAUAAUUAAAAAUAAUUUAGUAAUUUCAGUAUGUAUUUUAUGAUUUUGAUUAAAUAUAUUACCUAUUGUGUUUAGACUUUAAUACAAAUAAACAAAAUAAUUAUUUUUUAUGUUACACAAUGUGUUUAUUUUUAUGUACUUAUAAUUUGUUACAGUUAGAUGUACCUAUAUUAUAAUAGUAUUUAUAUGAUCCUCCUUUUAAGUACUGUACUUUACAUUAGUUAUGUACUUCUUACCUUUGUUAUGAAAAUAAACUAUAUUAUCAUUUGAGCAGUCUGUAUCAAUUAUAAUUUGUGUUUGUGUUUCAAAAUCUGUAAUUGUUAUCAGAGCCGUAGCUAGGUCCGUAGCUAGGCCAGUGGCGCAAAACCAAAAAUUAAAUAUACCAUUUAUUAUAUACUAUGUUAUUAUUAAUAAUAUACAUUUUAUUUAGAAUAUAUGCACAAAAUAGUUAUUCUAUUAUAGCAA